AUGGAAGCUACCUCCCCGACUCUUGCGGCUUCCCUGCAGUCAGGCAGACCAACCGUCAUCGAGUUCUACGCCAAAUGGUGCGGGGACUGCAAGGCAAUGGCGAAGACGAUGAAGACAUUGGAGCAGCAGUAUGGGAGCGACAAGAUUAACUUUGUUGUUCUUGAUGCGGAGAAGGACGCGAACUCACAGCUGGUCAAUCUCUUCCGCGUGGACGCCAUCCCGCAUUUUGCGUUCAUCUCAGCUGAUCGCACUCUUCUCACGACCUUGACAGGAUUUCUUCCUCCUGGCGUCAUGGAGAAGCAGAUGGUAGCCUUUAGCCAAGGCGUACAACUGCCGUUCUGCGGGCCCGACAUGUGCGGGCUGACACCCGAGCAAGCGAUGAUGCAGAAGGGGAGGCGGUGA